GGCCGGCCGGCCGCGAUGUCCGGCGCCGAGGAGGCCGGCGGGGGUGGCCCGGCUGCGGGGCCCGCGGGUGCCGUGCCGGCCGGGGUCGGGGUAGGGGCCGGGCCUGGGGCUGCCGCGGGGCCAGCUGCGGCGGCGCUGGGCGAGGCGGCGGGCCCGGUCCCGGACGAGGCAGGCCUGGCCGGCGCUCGGCAGCUGCAAGAGGCGGCCGGCGACCCUGACGCGCCGCCCAAGAAGCGGCUGCGGGCGGCCGAGGCGGCCGAGGCAGCGGCGGCGGCGGUGGCAGCGGGCAGCGGGAAGCUGGAGGAGCGGCUGUACUCGGUGCUGUGCUGCACCGUGUGCCUGGACCUGCCCAAGGCUUCCGUGUACCAGUGUACUAACGGUCACUUGAUGUGCGCUGGCUGUUUUAUCCACCUACUAGCAGAUGCCCGGCUGAAGGAGGAGCAGGCCACAUGUCCCAACUGUCGUUGUGAGAUCAGUAAGAGCCUCUGCUGCCGGAACCUGGCCGUGGAGAAAGCUGUGAGCGAGCUGCCUUCAGAGUGUGGCUUCUGUCUGCGCCAGUUCCCUCGCUCCCUCCUAGAGAGGCACCAGAAAGAGGAAUGCCAGGACAGGGUGACACAGUGCAAGUACAAGCGUAUUGGCUGCCCAUGGCAUGGCCCUUUCCAUGAGCUGACAGUGCAUGAAGCUGCAUGUGCUCACCCAACCAAGACAGGCAAUGAGCUGAUGGAGAUCCUAGACGAGAUGGACCAGAGCCACCGCAAGGAGAUGCAGCUCUACAACAGCAUCUUCAGCCUGCUCAGCUUUGAGAAGAUUGGCUACACAGAGGUUCAGUUCCGGCCUUACCGCACUGACGACUUCAUCACGCGCCUGUACUAUGAGACGCCCCGGUUCACAGUGCUGAACCAGACGUGGGUCCUGAAGGCCCGCGUGAAUGACUCGGAGCGCAACCCCAACCUGUCGUGCAAGCGCACGCUCUCCUUCCAGCUGCUCCUCAAGAGCAAGGUCACGGCGCCCCUGGAGUGCUCUUUCCUUCUGCUCAAGGGCCCCUACGACGACGUGAGGAUCAGCCCCGUCAUCUACCACUUCGUCUUCACCAACGAGAGCAACGAGACGGACUACGUGCCGCUGCCCAUCAUCGACUCGGUGGAGUGCAACAAGCUGCUGGCCGCCAAGAACAUUAACCUGCGGCUCUUCCUGUUCCAGAUACAGAAGUAGGACGGGCCCGGGACACCUGAGGAGCCGAGGGCUGCAGUCCAGUAGUGCUGUCCCACCCCUCCCCGGCUUGGCAGCAGCUUCACACAGCUAUCUGAUCAUUUUAGCAAAGGAGGCGAACCAAGAAAAUCUAACACUGAGAAAGUCUGCAUGCGUGUGCAACGGGGUCCCUGCCUCUGGCUCACCUUCCUCCCCAUUGCCUCCCACCUCCUGCAGGCAGCCAGAGGCUGGGCUGACCACAGUGGAAACAGUACUCUGGGCUCCUCAGGUACAGGUGGUGAGGAGGGCAAGGAGCCAACCACCCUCACCCCAGCUCCCAUCCUCACAUGGAGGUGGCACGGUGGUUCCCUGGCCGGGCUCAGGGGCCCUGGCUGACUUCAGACAGCAUAUUUGAUUGCAAUUAAAAAGGCAGCCUUGUUUCCUACUUUCUGUUUUGUUGGAGGGGAAGGCGUGGCCGUGAACGGACUUCAUGGGAGAUUUGGUUUGGCCUGGUGGUCUGAGCCUGUCCUGUCCCCGAUCCUGCACCUAUGUGUGUACCCCAGGAGAGACUUAAGAGACACUGCCUCCCCCACAGUCUUAUCAGAGGUGGGGACUAAAGCCUGGCCCGUGAGCCAGAGAGGGUUGGGCUCCCCAGCCGUUGACCACUCAGAGGAAGCAGGACUUGGCUAGUAGGACUCAGCAAAUGUUUUCGGAAUGCAGGGUGAAAUUCUGUCUCUUCCAGGAAAAAAUUAAACUCUACAGGCUCUUUUAAGUGAUACGAUUUUAGUGAGAUAUAGUCCAUUCGCUUAACUCAGCAUAGAGGGCCAGGUGUCCUCAGGGUGCCAAGGAGGUAGCCACUGUCUGUGAGACCUGCAUUUAAUGGAGGUGGGGGCACCGCAGGACCAAGGCAGAGCAGCAUGGUUUAUUGCCUAGGCAAGGUAGGCCUUCCCCUUGCUGGGCCAUUCACAGAUGCUCUGAGUGGUGGUUGUAAGCAGGACAAGUAUUAGGGCCUCACGGAAUAUGAAGCAGCCAUGCUUGAUAGGGUGGGGCCCCGGCGCUCACUUCCUUGGGUUCCUCAGAGAUAGAUACUGAGAAGGGGAGGGCUUGCCUCCGUCGUCGUCUUUGCUUAGGAGAUGAGGCUCUUCUAUCAUAGCUUUUUGUUGCUUUAAUACCAAAGAACCGGUUUCCUCUGCCCUAACCAGACCUCCACAUGCCUCACAGUAGUUCCUACCACCCCAUGCAAACUGCCUGGGCCUGAGCUGCUCUGUGCUUUCCAAGCUAAGGGACAGGGUAGUCCUGACCAUGUGGGCUCAAGUGCUAAUGUUCCACCCACCUGACCUUACAGAGGGCAAAGGGCUGAGGAAUGGAGAGAAGGAACUGUGACGUGGGUACAGGCCUCAGCUGCUUUCCUGAGCACGGUCAGGAAUAGGCCAGGGUGGCCCUCCUCUUCUCACGGGCUUAGAAGUUUUUCAGCACUUUGUUUGGCUUACUGCAUGGGGCUUGUGGGAGUUCUCUUCUAAUGUGACCUGGCCGGGAGGGUUGAGAAGGCCCCUAUUUGGCUUCUGCCUACUACCAAGGACCCCAUGCCCGAUUCCAGCACAUCCAUGGGAGCAGUGCCUUUAGGGACAGCCUCUCAAGUGUGCUCACCUGGCAGGUGCAGAGGAUCUUUGGGAAACAGAGGAGGCCCCCCCUGGAAGACCCUCUAGAUUCCACGGUGAUGGUGUGAAAAGGCAGGGCAGAGCCAGCUUGCCCUAAUAACCUGUGUCUGGAUGUGCGAGAGACUCACUCGCAGAAGGCAGCCUGAAGGUCUCCGGAGGGGAGAAACAGGAAAGGAGGCUUACUCCCCAUGGGCACAAGCCAGCUCGGUGGCAGGGGCUCAGAGACAUACCCCGAGGCACACAGAGGGUGGGGGCAGGGCCCAGGUGAGACCCACGUAGGGGUGAGGUGCGUCUAACGGUACCCAGGAGAACUGCUAAGGCCUCUCAGUGACAUGCUCAGUGCGGCCCCUACACUAUGACUGUCACGUGCAGCAGUGACAGUGUCAUGCGAGCCUUCCAGCCUAGAGGAAGCAGACAGGGAGAAGACUAGUCUGUCUCUUGGCUAGGCAAGGGACUGGCGUACAAACCUUUCAGCAUCGUCACUGUGGGACCUUUAUGGGGGGGGGGCGCACACCAUGUCUCCUGGCUUGUGUCCAGAAUCUUGUUAUCUUGCUGUCCUAACCUGGCUCUUUAUCUGUUGUCUCUGAGGAUGGGAGAGGGGUUCAGCCUCAGCAGGUGUUGGGGAGGCUGCCAGAGGGGGUUGCAUAGGCCAAGCCAGGCCUCUCCCCCGUUCCUUCCACCUGACUCAUCCCCACUUCCUGUGAGCACCACAUCCCUCCGUUGGCCCAAAGUGAGACAUUUACAAAACAAUAAAAAUAAUUUUCUAAAAGA